AUGGUAUAUUUUCUAGGGGUGGAGAUUAUGUACUCUAAGAAAGACAUAAUUUUACAUCAGCUGAAAUAUGAACUUGAGUUUCUGAAGAGGUUUGAGCUGCUGAGUUAUAAAGUUGAUGUCACACCUGCUGAUACAAAUAAAAAAUUGGAUUCAAAUUCAGAUGGUGAUGAUGUAGAUGUGGCAAUGUUCAAGCAGUUGGUAGGGUCUCUGAGGUAUUUGUGUAAUACCAUACCUGAUAUUUGGUAUGCAGUUGAAAUGGUGAGUAAGCUUAUGAGUAAGCCGAAGUGGUCUCAUUACCAAGUUGCUGUCAGAAUUCUAAGGUAUAUAAAGGAAACUCUGAAGUAUGUAGUUUUGUUCCCUUAUGGUGCUGAAACUAACUCAGAACUUCUGAGUUACUCAAAUUUUGAUUGGUGUGAAGACAAAGUUGAUAGAAAAAGUACUUUUGGGUGUUGUGACUGCAUGUCAAGCUGUGUGACUUCUGAACUUACUGCAGAAUCUGAAGAUCAAAGUAAACAAGCCUCUGAAGUUGAUGAUUGA